CCAGAACCCAGUUUGACCACGUGCCAGGCCACUGGACCUUGCUGGUUGCCAGCGGUCACUGUAAAUGAAGCCUCUGUUCCACAAGCAAAACACUCCAUGCUGCUCCCCCCAUCGCACGCCCCCACUCCUCCUCCUUCCAGAAAAAGCAGAAAGGAGGGCACAGAGCCAGAAAGAAGCAGCUUUGGACUUGGAAGGAACUCAGCAGACCAAGGAGGACGAGGAGCUGAAAGGCCAGAAGCUUUAAAGAGACAUGUCCACGGCGCUGGCUCCAGGAGGGAAGGGCACCGCUGCCCAUCCGGUCUAUCAACAAAAGCGGUUUUCAUCUAGACACAAAGUAUGGGGGGGAGAACCCUAAUCUGACUGCUGUGCCUUUCUGCCCAGGACCUCACAGCCCCCAAACUGCUGUCACCUGGGGUCAUGUAUUAGCCCCAAAAAGAAGACACUGCAGUGGAGAAGGGUUGAGUCACCUAAGAUCACAUAUGGAGUCCCUUGGCUUCCCCCCAUCCCUCCUUACAGCUGCUUGUUCAGGGAGAAGGGAUCACUAAGCCCUCUCUCUUCCCAUUCAGCGGCCCCUUUGCCAAGGCAAACGCCCUGAGCACAUCUGGCUCUGGCAGAUCAGAGGCAGCUAACGAGCCCCUCUGCGACUGGAAUCCAAUCCUGCGAUUGCACAAAGCAGGCCCGGGUGGCUCCCAGACAGAACCUCCUUGGCGACCAUCUGCACCGAGAUGGACACAGAAGAGCCAGCAGAAUCCUCCAGCAACUUGCAGAGGACGGGACAGCGAAUGCACAGGCCUGACUUACAAUCACACGUCCAACACAGCACGCUCCUUGUCGAGAACCCCACAGAACAGCAUGCCGUAGCUCGCUGGCUGACGGGCAUGAAAAGACCAUCAUCAUCUGGCUCAUUUCCAUCCUGAGAUUCCCGCAGCACUGUUGAAAGGUCAGCAUGAUUAUGCCCAUUUUACAUAUGGGGAAAUCAAGUCAUAGAGAAGAAAUGAUUUGCCCAGCGUUAGCCAACAAACCAGUAGCACAGCUGGGAUUUGAACCCAAGUCCACUCAGUCCCACUAAGCCUCUGACUCCUCCAUUUGCAAACGUAACUGAAUUCAGACUAAGGUGCAAACUCUUUCCUUGCAUUGGUUACAGUCACCCACUGGAGUUCAGUGGGGUUGUACCGGGCCCAAAGGGCCUGAAAACAGUAUGCAUGAGGGAGGAGGUCACUUAGGACGCAUUGACACAAGCUGCUUCUGGGAUCAUAUGUGGCACUGGGCUUCUGCAUUUCCCUGUUCAUUCAAAGACUGCAUGUACAGUCCUGGCCCCACAGAAGGGAGAUUUCACAGUGCAUUGUCUGGGAUCAUUAGUCUAGGAAGAAAGGAGUGAAACUGCCACUCCAGAUCAGACUGAGGGCCUAUCCACACUUGGUCAAUCCCUGAGGGACCAGCACCAGCUUCUCCAGAGGAUGCUACAGGCAAUCACAAAUGGACUUUCUCCUCCAUUCGUUUUAAAGGGAAAGGCUGGACCAACUCCUGUUUACCUGUUUGUACUGGACAAACUAGGAAAUGCGAAUCCAGGGGGUCUGUCAGAACAAACCCAGAAGAUGAGAGAAUAACUUAGAGGAAAGGCUCCUUACAGUAUCUUCCAGGCUGCAGCUGGGCUGGUCUUACUCCUUUUCUUAGGUCUCUGCUGGGCACAGGUAUGCCAGUGAGAAAUGGUCCCGGGCACACUAGCAAUCAUGCAUGCUUGUUGUAGGUGCUGCCCAGAACCCACUGCCCAACAGAGAGAAGAAAGCGGUGGAGAGCAGUGGGUGCAGCAAGAGAUGCCUAUGGCUAGAGCCAGCCCCAGUUGCUGGCCCCACUCUCCUGCCUGCUUUGUGCUCCUUGGCAGAACGGGGCCCUGUACUCGGUCCAAGAGAAGGAAGCGUCUCUGGCCCCGGAAGCCCAGCACUGGGGCAUCGUUUGUUUGUGUGCAGCUGGAAUCAUUGAGAACCAUGCAGCCAUUUCCUCGCCGGGGGCUGAAUCCUCCCCUCUGUCCCCUUGUGCGUGCAAGGGGAAUGGAACUGGUGGGCGGGGGGAGGUGUAGUCUAGCUGGAGACCCAGGGAGGCAGAACCCUCCUUGGAGCAGGCUGUCCACCCAUGGCAGAGGUGGCUGCAGAUCCGCUUGGCUUCUCUGGAGGUUUGUCCCCUGCCAGGUUUGCAAGCAAUCUAUGUGCCUUGUCAGCGCACAGACGUCACGCUGUCAAGUAAGAACCUAUUCAGCAGAUUCCAUGCAUACCUGCCCCAUGCGUCUGCUGGGGCACCGAGCUCACACCUGUCAGCUGCCACCUUCGCAGGGCGGUGGCUUAUCACAAGCACCUCAGUCCCGGGAGAAGCCCAGAGCAUGUUUGGGGUCCACUGCCGUCUGCUGGAGAGACCUGCAACAGCUUGGCUGUGUCCUACGCCCUCCACCACUGACGGAGCAAGCAGCUGGAGCCCAAAAAGGCAAGAGCAUUUUGGGAGUGCAAGGACUCGGGCUCGUGCAAGGAGUUCUGCGGGGCCGCAGACUGCAGCACAGUUGGACCGUGAGGAAUGGAUCAGUCACGUUUACAGCUAACAUUUGCAUCUGGAGCUUCUUCACAACCAUAUUUCAGUGGCCCCGAAGGCUCACAUACAUGGUGUUGGAGGAAGAGCCCCUUGUACAGGUCUGGCUCCAGUCAACUCGCUGCACAGACACUGCACAGCUGGUGGGAGAACCUGUAAUGCAGUCAGGGGGUCAAAUCCAAACCACGUUUGCAGCUCUCGAUGGUAGCAUGGGGAGCCAGAAGCACAUCUUGGAGGCAGAACUGGGCCCAAAAUACUCCACAUGGCAACUCUAAUGAUAAAACUCAGGGCACGAAAUGGCAGCUGCACUCUGCUACUUUGAAUUCUUAGCAGCGUGUUGGAGGUCUUCAUGUGUUGAGCUGAGCCUGGUGGAGCGCUACCAAGACACUACUGGGCACAUUUAACUCUGGAACUGCAACCACCAUGUGUACAGAAGUUUUAAAAUGUCCCCCCAUCUCAGUGGACCAAAAACAGCCAUUUCUAUUCCCAGAGCUGCUGCCCCCAGUUACAGGAUGAUGCACACAGGAUGCGCUCUCUCACGGAAACCUUAUUUUUAUUCUUCCUUUUAGCCAUUUUCCAUUAUUUAA